AUGUCCAACAACCUUCUGAACCUGUUCUGUCUUGUCGACGGAGAGGCCACCACCAAUGCGUUCCCUGUCGAGAUCGAGUCAACCAAGACCAUCGGCAACCUCAAGGAGGUCAUUAGGACUAAGAAGCCCAAUGAGUUUCGCGGUGUCGAUCCAGACAAGCUCACCCUUUGGCGCGUCUCAAUCCCUGUUGUUGCAGCCAACAAACACAACCCGAUUGUCCGGAAUGAAGUUGAGUCGUCAACAGAGCUGGACCCAACCGACGAUGUUUCCGAUGUCUUUCCACAAGCACCACCCAAGAAAACGAUCCACAUCAUUGUCCAGCGCCCCCCGCCAGCUCAAUCUCCUGUCAGCGAUUACAUUUCCCAAAAGAGACCAACGGCUGAUGGUAAGGAUUCCUCUUGA